ACGCUCAAAUCCUAUUUUUUACGUAAUUAAAAAAGACACCUACAUAAACAGGCCUUAAUGAAUUUGCUUUUGGCGCAAUACCUGUUUUAUUGAGAUGAUUGGAAUCCCUUGAUCUUUUAAAGGUACAGCCAUGUCCCCUCUUCCUUCUCCUAGAAGAAGAGAAAUGCCUUUGAAAGGUGUUUUCCUAAGCAACAUCCCUGGAGGUACGCCGUUAAAGGAUUUUGGGAAAUUUCAAGUGCAUUGUGUUCCUGCUUCAUCAAUGAAGAAAGCUACUCGGCCUUCGGGGGUUCCUGCUGGCCAAAACCUUUGCUUGGAAAAAGGUGGAAAAAGAGGAAACAUUUUCCAGUCCACUUUAAUAGCUGGUGGUACUCGUGCUAAAGAAUUGCUUGACCUCAGCGAGAUAAAGCCGGUUUCUGAAGGAGAAGUGAAUCCGCUUGCCUCAUGUCCGAAACCGGGAGCUGGGCCACCGACAAGGAAUGCUGCCCUGAAACGUAAAGCUUACGGGCAAUUAUCCCUCGAGUCUCCAGCAAAAGUCUUCGCAAGAAUGAAGACCAGGGCAGCUCUUGCUAAACAGCAGACGUUGUUGCUAGAAAAGAAAUUGUUAAACACAGACAUUACCACAGAUUAUAUCCUCACUCCUGAAAGGCAUCUUGCCCCUUUGGGAAGACAAGACACAAAAUCCAUGGCUGAAAAUGAUAAGCUAAAGGAGAGGCUGGCUGAGGAGCCCCUCGGAAAGGCCAGGGAAGAACAAGUGCCCAGCCGUAUUGCAAAGAACAAAAAUGUUUGUUCUGCAGUAAUGAGCCCUCCAGUUUUGGAAUCCCCUCACAAAUUCUUCUCACGUGUAAAGCAGAAGCUGCAGCAGAAACCAUUGGAAAAAGUAGAUGCUUCAUCUUACCAAACCAAGCAAAAUGUCCCUCCUUCACCACCAGUGAAGCAAGCUUUAACUGUAUCCAGUUCACCCAAAAAACUAAAUAAUCUUAAUGAAGAUUGCCUAAACACUUCUGUCAGUGAGGAUGGUGAAUUUAUUGUGGAACCGGUUGAAUCGGACGAUGAAACUUUUAGCAUGGGAGUGAAUGUUAUAGACAUGAGCUUUGAUCUUGUUAAGCCUGGGGAAACCUUGGAAGAAAUGGAACCUGGAAGACUUCCUGAAGAAGGAAGAACAUCACAUCAGUCCAAUCAGAAACCUGCCCCAAGAGGGCAGCAGGAGUUGAAGGCUGGGCCUCAGACGCUUCCCCAACAUUUGUGUGAUAUUAUUCUUGCUACUCCAAAAGUCCACAUACCAAGGAAGCAAAAACGAGUGGGGGCAAAUUCAAGCAGUGAUGACGGAAACGAGGAGGAACAACAGAUGGUCUGCCUCCGCGGAUGGAGAAUCAAAGUGAUCAAUAACAAUACCGCUGUGUGCCUGGAAGGAAAACGGAGGGAUAUGAACAACAUUUACUGGCACAGCAAUGUCAUUGUGGAACGAAUGGCACCCAACAAAGUUAGAACUUCAUCUGGAAACAUCUACAAGUUAGAAGGGCGCAUUGACGCAAGCACCAUGAAGAAAGAAGGAAUGCCAGCUAAAUUCAUAAAGAGGUUUGAAUCUGGAAUUCCACAAAACUGGAAAUUGUAUGUUGAGGAUCUUCUUCAUUUUCUGAGGAGGAAAGAAGAGAGAGCCUUUGCUUCAAGCAUGGAUGGCAAUGAAAGGGAGGACCCUGUGGAGAUGGAGGGCUUAGAAGACAUGCCCAGAAAAGUUGGGAGGAAAUCUAGAGCGAAAAACACCACUUACCUGGCAACACCACAAAGUAAUAACAAGCUCGGUGUGCAGCCACAAACACCUCUGCAGAACCGCCUUGACAGAAGUUGCACCCGCAGCGGCCGGCAAGUUAAGCCACCUCUGCAGUUCUGGUGUGGGGAACGGAUGCUUGUCGAUCGAGCGCUGAAUGUCACUGUGACCAAAACAAGCACCAACUAUUUGACUCCUACAGCGAGCAGUGCACGACGUCAGAACAGGCACAACAUCACAUCCCACGUUGAAAACAGAGAGGAUGACUUGAAGGCUUGUGAAGAAGUACCGCCAAGCCAAGCAAAAGGAAGAACAAGCCCUGAAACCACCAGACAAACUGAGCCUGCCGAGAAGCAAAAUUCCUGGCGCUUUGUUUCUGACUCUGAAGAAAGCGACUAUGAAUCCACGAUCGCUGAUGCUCGCAAGAAGAAGGCUGUUGUUACCCUGACGCCACUGAACUAUAAAAAGCUGCAUGAAAAGGCCUCCAGAAAAAGCAACCAGCCCAGGAGGAAACAAAAGGUGCCAGCACAAGAAGCGAAAGCAAAUUGCUACCAAAGAUGUUUAGCUGACAGAGAGCCAGCCGUGUUAAAAUACCCGCUAAGAUCACAGAAAGAAGUGAUCUGCCAAAGCGAGCAAGUUGCCGAAAGCUUCUCCAAGGCAAGCGAAGAUGAAUCUAGCGAUGAUAUGCAGUGUAUCCGGAGGAAGGUCCAGCCCACUGUCAAAAGAGGGCCAUCCAGCAGAGAGGAAAGUGAGACGAGGAAGCAGCUGCCGGAGCCAAAAUGGUCAGAGUCUCCUCCAGCCCAUUCUCAAAGCAGAAAGUUGAGGGUUGCUCAACCCUCUGGAAAGCAAAACAGGUUGGAAGAGCCAACUUCUCCAGACUUGGCUAGCAGCACUCGGGGGUCACUCAGAAGGAUUGCAAAGUUCAGGAAGUACAGCCCUGAAUCCGAGUCUGAAAGCGAAACGAGCGUUAAAGAGUUUCAAGAGAAAAAGGGAAACUUAAAGUCCCAAAGAGCCAACAGUGAAAUUUCUAAUGCUGCCAAGUCCUUGGCUUUUCCCAGAAAGGCACCUGGGACGAAGCUGUUAGGAAUGGGUGGGGAUUCUUUACCAGAUCUUAAUGAAGAUUGGACUGAAAAGGAACUGCAGAAACUACACAGGGCUUUGGCUUCUUUGCCCAAACACAAGAGCGACUUCUGGCUGCUUGUGUCAACGGCUGUGGGGACACGAUCUGUUGAAGAGUGCCAGCAAAGGUACAUGGAAGAGCAGGAAAGCCACAAGCGGGCCCCAAAGAGGACCACCAAGCAGAGAAAGGAAGAAAGAGAGGAGGGGGCGAAGCAGCCAGUGGCCGUUGUUGCAAAAGUGGGAACGCUGAAAAGGAAGAAGCAGAUGCGGAACUUCCUGGAACAGAUGCCGAAGGACAACCAUGACGACAUCUUCGCUACAACCCCUUUUCAGAACAAGAACACAAAGUUACCACAGUUUCGUACCGUCCCAGAGGAAGAUGUCUUCCAGCUGAAAGACAGCCACCCCAUCACACCCUCUUCGGCCAUCUUUCCGUUGGUGAAGACCCCUCAGUGUCAGCACAUCAGCCCUGGCAUGCUGGAAUCCCUGGACAGGAGCUACGAAAAGCAUGUGUACCAUCUGCAAAGGAACAUCAAAGGCAAGGAGCGCACAUGGCAUGUGAAGAAAAAACAGGCUGGGACCGGGUUCUCCACUCCCAACUCGCGAAAAACGAACGUCUUUGCCUUUGAUGAGCCUAUCAAAGGCGCCUUAGCUGUGGUGGGGCAGCUCUUCCAAGAGGACGAAGAGAUGCUAUCCGAUGAAGAAGAGGACCUGUAUUUUUCUACGUAGCCAGCUGCCUGCCUGCAUCUGCAAAGGGAAGUUUGCUAACAGGUCUCAAGUCAUCUUCACAAGGCGGCUUGAGUAUUGCAUUCCAUCUUUCUGGAGCUGUGUUAAGGUGCUGCUCAGGUGUCCAGAAUACUGCUGCUCAGGUGUUCAUGUCUACUGCUGCUGUUUUCCUGAUGGAGGGGUCUCAUGCAGAGAGGCAUCAGCUGCAGGGAACUAUUUGGCUUUAAGAAGCAAAAUAAUGUUUUUAAAAGUUACUGUACAAUAAAAUUCCAAACGUGGCAUUUAAUAUCA